AUGGGUGAUCAUGUUGUGGAAUUUGGAAGAAUACUUGACUACAAGGAUGAAUUGUUGAGGACCAAUCCAGGGACCAGUUGUGUUGUAAAAGUUGGUGAACCUGAUGCAGAAGGCAAGUCAAUAUUUCAGAGUUUUUACAUCUGUUUUGAUGCUUUAAAGAAGACAUGGAUACAUUGUAUGAAGUGCAUAGGCUUAGAUGGUUGUUUCCUUAAAGGUGUUUGUAAAGGCCAACUGUUAGUUGUUGUGGCCAGGGAUGAUAACAAUCAAAUGUUGCCACUUGCUUGGGCAGUAGUUGAAAAGGAGAACAAACACACAUGGACCAUGUUUGUCAAGUGCAUAAGGGAUGAUCUGGGGCUUGGAGAUGGUGAAGGUCUCACCUUGAUUACAGAUAUGCAAAAGGGAAUGUUUGUAGCAAUUACAAAUGUAUUACCUAAGUGUGAACAUAGAAUGUGUGCUAGGCACAUAUUAGCUAACUGGGCUAAGGAUUGGAGAGGUCUUCAAAGAAGACAACAAUUUUGGAAGAUAGCUAAGAGUACAUUUAAGUCUCAAUUAAGGAACAAUAUAGAGAAGAUGAAGUUGUUAGGUCCAGAAAAAAUGAUGGAUAACUUAAUGUACUACAACAUUAAUUUUUGGUGCAAAGUUUACUUCAACACUGAAGUAAAGUGUGACUCUGUAGACAACAACAUGUCUGAGUGUUUUAAUGCAUGGAUCUUGGCUGCUAGACACAAGACCAUCAUUACUAUGCUUGAAGAAAUAAGACUGAAUAUGAUGACAAGAAUAGCCAAAUUAAGGGAGUUCCCAAGUACUUGGAAGUGUAAUUUCUCUCCAAUGGCUCUGAAGGUUUUAGAGGAGAACAUUAGUAGGUCUAUAGACUGUACCAUUGAGUUUAAUGGAGCUGUUGGAUUUGAAGUGAAAGAAGGGCUUUGUCAACACAAAGUGGAUAUUGCUAGGAGAACUUGUAGUUGUAGGGUGUGGCAGUUAAGGGGCAUACCAUGUGCACAUCUUGUGGCUGCAUUAUACUUUAAGAAGUUUUCUCUUUAUGACUAUAUAGACAGCUGCUACAGUAAGGAAACUUACUUGAGGAUUUAUGCCAAUGUUAUUGAACCACUCACAAACAUGGAGAUGUUGCCAGUUUCUACAAACCCCACUAUUGAGCCACCAGAAAUCACAAAUAUGCCUGGUAGGCCACCGAAGGCUAGAAGGAAAGAAGCGGAAGAAACUAAGAAAUCUGGGAAGCUUCCUAGGACUGGACUUGCAAUGACAUGCAGUAUAUGCCAUGUCAAAGGCCAUAACAAGAGAGGGUGUCCUCAAAGAGAAGGUGUUGAAUCAUCAACAAGACAAAGUGCACCAUCACCUACAUCAGUAAGGGCAGAACAACAGGUUCAGGCAGGGGAAGAGAAAACUCCAUCAGCACCAUUAGAAGGUGAGCCUCCACUAAUAAAGGGAAGAGGAAGACCAAAAAAAACAUCAUUAGUAGCACCUAGUGCACUUCCCCUACCUACUGCACCUACUGAUGUUCCUGCAUCCUCUUCUGCUCCUCCUACUUAUCAUGCAUCAUCUUCAAUAGCUGGUACUACUAAAAGAGGAAGAGGUAGGGGCAGGGGAAACACAUCUCCAGAGAAAAGACCAAGAGUCAUGGGAAUGGGUGUGUUCCAAGCUGCAAAUGGCUUCAAAGUCAUGAAUGUGAGUCUUUGA